UCGUCGCUCUUUCCCUCUUGUCGCUGGGAGGAACUUUGACCAGUAAAACAUUCUUCCCAAUAUUUCUUAGUGGCUGGAUUUAGCUGCUUGCUCUCUCUUGUAGUCAUAUUUGGCGAUUUACUAGAAAAGAGAUGUGGUUUAUUUAUUUACUUAGCUGGCUUUCUCUGGUGAUACAAAUCUCGUUCGUCACUCUAGCGAUAGCUGCUGGACUGUAUUACUUGGCAGAACUAAUAGAAGAGUACACAGUGGCAACCAGCCGAAUAAUUAAGUACAUGAUACUGUUCUCCACAGGUGUGUUGGUCGGGCUCUACCUCUUCGAAGGCUUCCCCACUCUGAUGGUGGGCGUCGGCCUCUUCACAAACCUCGUGUACUUUGGCCUUCUACAGACGUUCCCCUACAUUUUGUUGACUUCGCCGAAUUUCAUCCUUUCUUGUGUGUUGGUUGUCUUGAACCACUAUAUGGCAUUCCAGUACUUCGCAGAAGAGUACUACCCUUUCUCUGAGGUGCUGGCCUACUUCACCAUCUGCCUGUGGAUCAUCCCCUUCUCUUUCUUUGUGUCCCUGUCUGCAGGGGAGAAUGUUCUUCCUUCUACUAUACAGCAGGGAGAUGAUGUCGUGUCCAACUACUUUACCAAGGGAAAGCGAGGUAAACGUUCGGGAAUUCUGCUGGUCUUCUCCUUCCUGAAAGAGGCGGUGUUGCCAAGCCGACAGAAGAUGUAUUGAGGAGCCCUGUACAAGUGACUAGGGGAUGAAGGAUGGGAGGGCUGUGGGAGAAGAGGGGAGGCUGAAGAGGUCACGGCACACGCAGCCACGUGUCGUCACGGACGGAGGAGCCCCGGCUUCACUGGACCGGCUUUUUCAAAGGACACCCCCACCCAGAGCCCUGGAAGGACUUCAUACAUUUACAGUGGACUUUUUUUUUUUUUAAGGACUGUUAAUGAAUUGUGCCUGUCUGCUUUGGAAGAUUGAAAAGAGAUUAGAGAGUAAGGUUAUGAAUGUUUCAGACAAGCUCAGGUUGGGUUUAAAUGCGAUGGUCUGGGAAGGUGGGCUGAAUCAGGCUUUGUGGGGCUGGACUUGUGUCCGUCUCUGUGCACCUUCCUCCGUUACGCUUGGCAAAACACACUGCCCGGCUUGGGCAUUGGCACACAUGGUGGUGUGCUUUUUGGGGGUCGGUGGGUAAAUCUGGGAAUAGAGUUAGAAUUAGGCAGGUAAUUGGUUCUGUGUUGAGGAAGGGCCCUGGGGGAGAGUUUGGGCCCAGUGGUGAGCAGCGGUCAUGACACGAUGCUGCACGGGGCUGCUAAGUGCAUGAGAACGAGGUACUGAGCCUCCUGUCAUCACGCACCUUUUAUUCUGGGUCACUGAUUCUACCACAUGCCAGGGCAAUGGCUGGCCGCCCUUAGCAUGAUUCACCCGUGAUGUGACUGGCCCCUGCUGAAUGCCAUCUCACCCCUCUGCAGCUGUGCCCUGCCUUCCUCACGAUGGCUCACCUACACACAGUCUCGGUGACAGUGACCCAUCUGGAGAGGGUGAUGUAGAGAGACAGGUCUGUCUUUGCACUUUCACCUACAGCAUCAUUAAAGUGCUUUCAUCCUUUACUAGGGCAGUGCAGUAGGUUCAGUACAUUCAAGCCCCGUUACUGCAAAUGGAGCCGAACCACUAUGGCAAUAAGUACCAAUUAAUGUUAAAAUGCAGAAUUACAGCGGCCCUCUCGGUGUGUACUCUGACACGCAGUGCUAUAUCCAGAACUGUUGUACUUAAAAAGCUUUUGGAGCCUUUAUCCCAGCAAGAUGUUCCUUAUAUUGCCAGCCGGAGCCAUCCAUCCCAUUCCAACAUACCCGCAGGCUCUCACAGUAAAUCAUACUGGUUUAAGCACAAGAAUAACCUGACGUUUGUUCAUCCAAAAAGCCGUCUCUGUUCUGUUUUAAUAUACUGAAUAAUAAAAUAUUCUCCACUGUUCUGGGUUACAAAAAUAAGAAUUUCAUUUUUUUAAUAAAUAGGUAUAUUUAAAUGGUCAGAACCAUAUUUGUGCUAAUGAUAAGUGUUUAGCUGCAUGUCAUCCGCCAUAAUGUCAUUUAUCCGGCAGUGACACCAUUUCAAUAGUGCCAGGGAGCCUCAGUUUUGUGCAUGGAUUUCCUUGGUCUUAGUGAGGUGUGGUGAGGCUCAGGCAGAGCAGAUCUGGAAGAUGGAUAAGGGUGGAAGUGAUGAGGAGUGGGCAUAUUGGAAAGGUAGUCACCUGGGAGCAGCGCCCCCUGCAGAGUUUCCCAGGACAAUGCGGCCACUGGCUCCAUAUGAUUGUUCCACUGGGCAGAGCAUAGCCUCUGCCCAUCGCUCCCUCUCCAUAGCUACAUGCUGUCCCUUAAGUCAGUUUCGGGUAACAGUCCAGUUGGGUCGCAGCUCAAGUGUCCCCCCUGCAGACUAUAGAUGCUGUUUUGGAGACUGGAAGCUAUUAAAGUAUCCUUGAUGUGUA